UUCUUUCUUCUUUCCAUCCCUGAUACUCUCUCUCUCUGGCGCCCCCCCUCUCUCUAAGUUCUUGUUUCUUGCUGCCUGGGAGGCCUCUUCUUCAGUUUCUUCUCUAACAUCUCUUUUAAACAACUGAAAUCAUCUUGAUGUCCUGAUAACUCAAGCAAGAUAUACACAAAUAUUGCUUGAUUAACAUCGUAAAGAGCAGAAAUUACGAGAGAUGAGUUGUAAUGGUUGCCGGGUUCUUCGAAAGGGAUGCAGCGAGAGCUGUAUUUUGAGGCCCUGUUUGCAGUGGAUUGAGAGCGUUGAAGCCCAAGGCCACGCCACUGUCUUCGUAGCCAAGUUCUUCGGCCGCGCCGGCCUCAUGUCCUUCAUCUCCGCCGUCCCGGAAAACCAAAGGCCUGCUCUUUUCCAGUCCUUGUUGUUUGAAGCUGCCGGGAGAACAGUGAACCCCGUAAACGGGGCGGUGGGGCUUCUCUGGACCGGCAACUGGCACGUCUGCCAGGCCGCGGUGGAGACCGUACUCCGCGGUGGCUCGGUGAAGUCAAUUCCAGAGCUUCUAGGAGGUGCAUCGGAGCCCGACGAUGCUUCUGAGUGCACCGACAUGUUCAGGCUCCAAGAUCCUGGCCUCAGUUCAGAGCCCAAGGUGCAGAAACGUCGGCGUUCGCCGGACGAGCCGGCUAAGGUCAUGCAGUUAGCUGAUCUUGAUCUCAGCCUGACGCCGGGUUUCCAGGACAAAAGAAGCAGCACGUUGCCUGAAAAGCGGCGGCCCGUAAGCCCGUCAAUGUAUUCCGAAGAAUCUGUGACGACAACUUGUGGAGAUCAGCCCGCAACCGAAAUAAAGCUUCUCAACUUGUUUAAUUGAUCAACCUGUACUCAACUUCAUGCUAUCAGCUAUAGCUUUUUUAUUCUUUUACCGUUUUCUUAGUUUAAUUUGCCCUGACGGGUACCCGGAAUUUUACUCCGGCGAGGUUUUGUAAAUCGCCGGCACAAGAUUUCUGUCUUUAAAGGAUGGGAAAAUGAAUGUUUCGCCGGCGAUUAAUCCUUUCUUUCUUACUAGCUUGUGUAAUUCCUAAUGAGUGUCGGACUUGAAUAAUUGAGUUGAUUUCAACUUUUUCUUACUUUCUUGGCAUCAACA